GCUCUCUCUCUCUGUCGCUGAGGCAGUCUGCUACUCUGUCGUUUGACCAGGCAGUUAACAGAGGAGAGAGCUCAGCAACUGGAAAGAAAAAGAGAAGGAGAAAGGGAAAGAGAAAGAGAGAAUUAUUCUCAUGACUUUCUGUCUUUCAGUAUGAAACCCCCAGUUUGUUUCUCUAAGAGAGGUUGCUCUGAUUUGGAGUUUUAACUGGACUUUCUGCUUCCUCUGUGUUGUUAUCUGUGGACACUCUCCGGACAUUCCUUUGGGAUUUACUCGGACCGCACCGCGAGGAUCUAGUGUGUUUGUGUGUUCGCUGGGCCAUGCCCGCCACUGGUAGCCGGUCAUCCAGCGCCAGGGGUACAUCAUUAAAAGGGGGCCACCACCACAGGGGCUGUGCCUGCCAACACUUAUUCCGUAAAGUCCUGAUCAAGUGUGGCUGCUGCUAUGCCCGGGUCAGAGCGUUUGGCCGUGACCGGGAGCUGGUGGUGGAUACUACACAGCAUGAGAGGAGCAGCCCACUGUGGAGACUCAUACUCGGCGGCAGGCAGCGAGGGUAGCAUCUCCACCUCCGUGGCGUCCCUGCCUCCGACCCUGACGGUGUCCUGUAGCUCAGCCCCCAGCUCCCCAGGCUCGCGACGUUCUGUAAGCACCUUGAAGAAGUGGCUGACCAAUCCAGUCCGCAAGCUCAGCGCUGGGGCCGCCAACAUCUCAGCCAGCUCCAAGGGGGAGCGGCAGGUCAGGAAGUUGGAUGGGGGAAGCAAAUCCCCUCCUCCUAUUCCCCCCUCUAGGCACAGUCAUGACCUGGGCCUGGGAGUGCUGGGGCUUGGCAGACCCCUAGGAUCAGAGGACCACCUCACCACCAUAUUACCCAUCACACACAAAGAGAUGGAGUGCAGUUAUAGGUUGGCCAGUCCUGAGGAGCUUUCCUCAGCAACCCUAAACUCUCCCAGCUACCUGGCUGACUCACUACAGGGCUGUACUGCACUGGCCUACACACAGGAUAUUCAGUCCACCAAUGUCUGUCCAGAUGACAACGUCUCAGUAUUGAUGGACAACACCCCCAGCCAAUCAUCAGUGGCGGCUGACAGUGAGGAGGAAAGGAGGAGUGCCUUAGAGAAGAGCAUAUACGUACUGAAGGAACUCCUAGAGACAGAGAAACUGUACGUGGAGGACCUGGGGCUCAUAGUAGAGGGCUACAUGGUCACUAUGACUACUAAAGGUAUACCAGAUGACAUGAAGGGAAAAGACAAGAUCGUGUUCGGAAACAUUCAUCAAAUUUUCGACUGGCAUAAAGACUACUUCAUGGGCGAGCUGGAGAAAUGUAUAACAGAACCAGAGAGACUGGCCCAACUUUUCAUAAAGCAUGAGAGGCGUCUCCACAUGUACGUGGUUUAUUGUCAGAAUAAACCCAAGUCAGAACACAUUGUCUCUGAGUACAUCGAGACCUACUUCCAGGAGCUGAGACAACAUCUGGGUCACAGACUACAACUCAACGACCUGCUGAUCAAACCAGUCCAGAGGAUCAUGAAGUACCAGCUGCUGCUCAAGGACUUCCUCAAGUAUUACACCAAAGCUGGGAUGGACACAGAAGAGCUGGAGAAAGCGGUAGAGGUGAUGUGCUUUGUGCCCAAACGCUGCAAUGACAUGAUGAACGUGGGACGCCUGCAGGGCUUUGAGGGUAAGAUCACGGCACAGGGGAAGCUGCUCCAGCAGGACACCUUCACAGUGAUGGAACAGGACAGCAGCUUUCUGUCCCGAGCCAAGGAGAGGCGGGUCUUCCUGUUUGAACAGCUGGUCAUCUUCAGCGAGCCAAUCGACAGGAAGAAAGGGUUCUCACUUCCUGGUUACACCUUCAAGAGCAGCAUCAAGGUCAGCUGUCUGGGGGUGGAGGCUCCAGUGGAGGGGGAGGCGGACCGCCUGGUGCUGACGUCACGGGGAACUGAUGGGAGCGUGGUACACUAUGUGCUGCAGACCACCUCCCCAGAGGUCUGCAGGGCCUGGGUCGAUGAUGUGGGACAGAUCCUGGAGACCCAGAGGAACUUCCUCAAUGCCCUCCAGUCUCCCAUUGAGUACCAGCGGAGGGAGAGUAACAGCAAGUCCAACAGCCUGGGCCGGAACAUGAGAGCCCCCCUGUCUGCGGCCAGCGGCCCCCUGCGCCCCCACUCUUCAGCCUCCAUCGACCGCCAGCGCCUGCCCUGCCUCCUGUCAUACAACACCUCCCUCCCCACCCUCUACCUGCCCAGCCAGGGGGGAACCUGCCCCCAGGGACCUGGCGAAACAAACACACCCCAGGAGUCUCCUCUGGUCAGUAGGAACUCCCAGAAAACAGUCUCUCAGUCUGACAUCCAGCUAGCCUUCAUCGACCAGUCUGCCCUGUCUCACUACUCCAGGACCCAAACCCCCCUGCAGUGCCAAGCUGUGUCCAACGGGCUGUAUAGCACACAGCAGAGAGCAGGAGAGGGCUGCCGUAGCAGAGUGCUGCCUGGUGAGGCUGGACCUCCUCCUGUAUCCAUCCCUGGUCCCUCGGCUGGCCGGCGCUACAGCAACCUGGCCCAGCUCAAUGAAGAUGACCUAUGAACCGUGACCGAUAGGAGGAAAACUGGAAGGUCAUGAACUUCCACAGCUAGCGCAGAGAGAAGCAGGAGGACCUCAUCUAGACCUAACGUCUAUUGAUGCUAUUGUAACUUUAGGGACCUUUUGAAGAUGGAUGGAUGACUCUCUUUAUGGAGCGAGGACUGGAUGGAGGCUGCUUUUUCAGACUGUAUGAGGAUGGUUCACUGACAUCAUGGAGAAGUGUGUACAUACUGCAUGUCUGUAAAAUGCGUCUGUGUGUUUAUGCGUGUGUACAGGAUAGGCGGUUGCUCUUCUUGUACCAACAUGCAGAUAAAAGGACUCCACCUUGAAGAGAAUAGGACUGUAGAUCUGAACGGAUCUUUAUCUCAGCUCUCUCACCCUGCUGGAUUCUUCUAUCCCUCCUUUAUAAAGACAACUAUUUGUAUUUUCAGGCCAUUGUCGAAACAUGCCAUCAUUCCUCCACUAAACGGGGCCUACAGUACACUAUGUUGCUGUAGUAGACAAUGAGGAGAGAGGGGAUGCCAGCUAGAUUAAUACAUUUCAUCUGUAUAUAUGUAGAAGUUUGGAUUCAUCUGUUAUAGAAAAUAGCUUUUCUGCUCCUGCUGCAGUGUUUCAAAAAGACGAGAAUGAGAGAACUCCCAUGUCCUCUUUUUCUGUUUGACCGAAGCUGGCUCUUGUUUGAUCUGAAUAUUCUGUAAUAUAAAGGGGCGAGGGAGCCCCCUGGAGGCACUCUGCAGGCGUGGCAUCACUCAGACUCAGUCUUUCCUCAGAUUCAGAUGGAUUCCUUGGUAAGUUCUCAAUUACAUACUCCUCGCAUCCUCUCUCCUCAUCUCCUUCUCAAAACCCAUUGGAGGAAAUGGUCAGAGGGAAGGGACCUCUGGCUUUCUCAUCCAAUUAGUUUUUAGAAGGAGAAGAAGAGAGAGGACGCAAGGAGUAUGUCAUUGAGGUCUUUCCCUUGUGUCCUUUGCUCCCAUCCUUUCGCUAAACGUCAGAGAGAAAGGAGAGGAUUAUAAGAGAUGGGGAGAGGAUGGGAGGAGAGGAACGAAUUGAGCCAGGACUAUGAAGAUGUGGCCAGAGAAAUGGCCAUGCUAAUGCUUGGGGAUGGAGAACGACUCAUUUUUCAAAUGUAUAUUUUCUUGACGUCCUCUAGGUACGUCCUAGGAGACAUUCGUGGGUUGUAUUGAAAUAUGAAAUAAGAUGUCACACAGUCGUCUGUCAAUUAAGUUCAAUGUUGAUGUGCCACAGCUUUCUGCUGUAUUUAUUCAUCUCGGCUGGCUUUUGCUACUGCAUACUACUACUACUACUACUACUACACACCACACCAUACAUCUCUGCUUCUUAGAUAAAGGAUGACAGUUUAAAGACCGCUAACUACUUGGGUUAUUGUGUCAGUUGACAAUAUGGAUAAAAAGUUCUGCAUUCUCUGUCCACAUCAAAAUGAGAUGUCAAAUACUUCAGUUCGUAUUGCCGCUACAAUUUUAUUACCAAAUGUUGUGUUUAACACGUCAAAUACAUGUAGUUGUGAUGUUGUGUAUUUCAACGCCCAACCUUUCAUCUUAUUAAUCAAAGCAAAUGACUGUAAACAGAGAUGAUAAGAGAAGAGUCUGACAUCUAGCAUGUCCGCUAUAGGUGAAUUCCUCUCUAUGACCAGUACAGGUCAAUAUAAGGCUUCCACAUCCAGAUAGCAGUCUAAUAAGACCGCUGCACCAAAGAUCAAUGGCUUCCAGUUCCAAUGGCACCUCUAGCUAAAUCUAUUUCAAAUAUCAGCACCGAGGAGAGCCCUACCGUGACUGUUUCAAUUCAGAACACCAUCUCAUACAAACCCAGAGUACUCAAUGACCACGGGGUGCCGUUUGUAAAGUUAAACAGUGAAGACUGUCAUAUUUCAGUGGCAAUUAGUGAUCUAGCAUUUUGUGCAUGUGACUUAAAUAUGAAGGAAUACCACUCCUGAAAUGAAUAUCGACUAAAGAGCGGGAAUAUGGGUUAUAAAGAUGCCAUAUUUGACGGAAUAGAAUCUGUUGUAUUAUAUUAAAUAAAGUGAACUUUUUAAUUAAGAA